CGUUCGAGCCAGAGGAGCCUUCAUGGAAACACUGUGAGACCAACACUACUAAGUAUGACACAGUUAUGCACUUGGAUGGAGCAAGCAGAGUGCGGACCAGCGAUGGUUUGUGUCAGAUUGUCCAGAAGCAUGAGAUGGAGACAAGCACACAGUGGCCCGGAAGAAUGGCUCGUUUCACUGAAGAUCUCCCCAGCCGCUAUGGAGGGGGCACCGGCGGCGGAGGAGGAGGGAGAGGAGCGCCGGGUGCGGGGAGAGGAGGUGCCCGCGGUGGAGGCGCUCCGGGCGGCCAGAGGAUGUACAAGCAGUCGAUGGCCCAGAGAGCCCGGACAAUGGCUAUUUACAACCCCAACCCCGUGAAGCAAAACUGCUUGACUGUCAACCGCUCCCUCUUCAUCUUCCGGGAGGACAACCUGAUCAGGAAGUAUGCCAAACGUAUAACAGAGUGGCCUCCCUUUGAAUACAUGAUCCUGGCUACAAUCAUCGCCAACUGCAUCGUCUUGGCCCUGGAGCAACAUCUACCGGCCAGCGACAAGACGCCCAUGUCAGAGCGCCUGGACGACACAGAGCCCUACUUUAUUGGAAUAUUCUGUUUUGAGGCAGCCAUUAAGAUCAUCGCCCUGGGCUUUGCAUUCCACAAAGGCUCCUACCUCCGUAACGGAUGGAAUGUAAUGGACUUCGUGGUCGUUCUCACCGGGAUCCUGGCAAAAGUGGGCUCCGACUUCGACCUGCGAACACUGCGGGCUGUGAGAGUGCUGCGACCCCUCAAACUAGUGUCAGGGAUCCCCAGCCUUCAAGUGGUGUUGAAGUCUAUAAUGAAAGCCAUGGUGCCCCUGCUUCAGAUCGGCCUGCUGCUUUUCUUUGCCAUUGUCAUGUUUGCCAUCAUCGGUGUGGAGUUUUACAUGGGCAAAUUCCACACCACCUGCUUCAACAUUGACACCGGUGAAAAAGCAGCAGAAUGGCCUUGUGGUUUGGAGCCCCCAGCCAGGUUGUGUCCAAACGGGACCCAGUGCAGAGAAUACUGGACCGGACCCAAUUUUGGCAUUACCAACUUCGACAACAUCCUAUUUGCCGUGCUUACGGUGUUCCAGUGCAUCACUAUGGAGGGCUGGGUGGACAUCCUCUACAGCACCAACGAUGUAGGAGGAAACACAUGGAAUUGGCUCUACUUCAUACCUCUCAUCAUCAUUGGCUCUUUCUUCAUGCUUAACUUGGUGCUUGGUGUCCUAUCUGGGGAGUUUGCCAAAGAGAGAGAGCGUGUGGAGAAGAGGCAGGAGUUCCUGAAGCUUCGACGGCAGCAACAAAUUGAGAGAGAGCUCACCGGAUACCUAGAAUGGAUCUGCAAAGCCGAGGAGGUGUUGCUGGAAGAGGAAGAUGAGAUUGCAGAGGAGAAGUCACCGCUGGAUGGUGCGUGGUACAAGAGGAAACAAAAUCUGCCAGUCCUGAAACGAAGCAAAAACAAGAAGGGUAAAAAUGACCUGAUCGGUGCUGAGGAAGGGGAAGAUCCAUUUGUGGACAUCUCCUCUGUUGCUCCUCCCGGUUCUCCUUUUGGUCGGGCCAGUGUGAAAAGCAGCACUAAGAUGGACAGCUCUUCUUACUUUCGUCGUAAGGAGAAGAGGAUUCGUUUCUUUAUCCGGCGGAUGGUAAAAGCACAGAGCUUCUACUGGAUCGUUCUGUGUCUGGUGGGCCUGAACACUCUGUGUGUGGCCAUAGUCCACUAUGAUCAACCUGAGUGGCUUACAACAGCCCUAUACACAACAGAAUUUGUAUUCCUGGGUUUGUUUCUCACGGAGAUGACCUUGAAGAUGUAUGGCCUUGGACCAAGGAAUUAUUUCCACUCCUCCUUUAAUUGCUUUGAUUUUGGGGUUAUUGUGGGAAGUAUUUUUGAGGUUAUCUGGGACAUGAUCAAACCCGGAGCAUCAUUUGGUAUCAGUGUGCUGAGAGCCCUAAGACUGCUAAGGAUCUUCAAAGUCACUAAGUACUGGAACUCCCUGAGGAACCUUGUGGUUUCCCUCCUUAAUUCCAUGAAGUCAAUCAUCAGUUUGCUUUUCCUCCUUUUCCUGUUCAUCGUUGUCUUCGCUCUGCUGGGCAUGCAGCUCUUUGGAGGACAAUUUAACUUUGAGGAUGAAACACCAACAACAAACUUCGAUACCUUCCCAGCAGCCAUCCUCACUGUGUUUCAGAUUUUAACUGGGGAGGACUGGAACGCUGUGAUGUACCAUGGCAUCGAGUCACAAGGAGGUGUCCGCCGUGGGAUGUUCUCUUCCGUCUACUUCAUUGUCCUUACACUUUUUGGAAACUACACCCUACUGAAUGUCUUUUUGGCCAUCGCGGUUGAUAAUCUUGCAAAUGCGCAGGAACUAACUAAGGACGAAGAAGAACAGGAGGAGGCAGCCAAUAAGAAGCUUGCUCUGCAGAAGGCUUUGGAGGUGAAGGAAGUCAGUCCCAUGUCAGCAGCCAACAUCUCAAUAGCUGCUUUUGUAAAGCAAAAUCGAGAUGCACUCUCUCGCAGGUCGUCCAUCAACAGCAUUCAGUCACUCAAGGAGCAGCAACGAGCAGCCAAGACCAUGUCAGUAUGGGAGCAGAGGACCAACCAACUGAGGAGACACAACAUGAGAGGGAGCAGCGAGGCUUUGUUUAAUGAGCUUGACCCAGAGGAGCGCCUACGACUGUCCUCCGUUCUCAAUCUCCAUCCCGACAUGAAGACUCACCUGGACAGGCCCCUUGUGGUGGAGUCCAAGAAUAGCGACCUUCCUAACAGACCUCCUGAGGAAGGACAGCAAGACAGCACAGGAGACAACUUCCAUUCGCACACCAGGAAGCACCACCGCCAUCGGGACAGGAACGGUGAGGGCAGGGAUGGAGGUGAUGGCCGUGCAACGAGGCAUCACACCCAUCACAGCCGGAGCAAAGAUCACAAUAGCAACGGGGCUCAGACUAAAGAGAGGAGAGGGGAGAGUAGCCACAGUCGAGAUGAGGGGCAGAGACGCAGGCGGCAUCAUCCCACAGGCUCUCCUGAAGAGGAGCUCUCUGAUGUACGAGGGGGAGGAGAAGAAAGAGGGCAUCGCCAUCACCACUCACAUCGUACACCAAAAGAGGGAAAUGGGACAUUAGCGAAUGGUGCCCAUGGAGAGCGCAGGGGCCGGGGAAGAGGAGGGGAAAGUAAUGGAGAAAGAAAAGGACGUUGCUCUCGAAUGGUCAGAGCGCAGUCGACUCUGGAUGGAGAUGAAAGCAAAAAGUGCAAGAAAGGUCAUAGGGAGAUGCAGUCUGAUGGUGAGGAAGAGGGUCUUGCCACCAGUCCACUGAGUCUUGGAGACAAGCAAGAGGACGCCGACAACCAAAAGAAUUCCACAAGAGCCAGCCAGGCCGGCCUUAACAGCAACGCCAUUCACAUCCCUGUCACCAUAACUGCCCCACCUGGAGAGACCACCAUUAUACCCAUGAACAUUGACUCCGGCAACUUCGGUGUCAACGAGGAAAAGAAAGCUCUGGAAGAGGACGAUGCUGUCAGUAGGCCUCGGCAGAUCCUCCCCUAUAGUUCCAUGUUCAUCUUUGGACAAACAAACCCGGUGCGGCGGCUAUGUCACUAUGUGGUCAACCUACGCUACUUUGAAAUGUGCAUCCUGAUGGUCAUUACCAUGAGCAGCAUUGCCCUGGCAGCUGAGGAUCCUGUGCAGUCAAAUGCACCGCGUAACAAUGUCCUCAAGUAUCUGGAUUAUGUCUUCACUGGAGUGUUUACUUUUGAGAUGGUGAUUAAGAUGAUUGACUUAGGACUGCUCCUCCACCCUGGCUCCUAUUUUCGUGACCUAUGGAACAUUCUUGACUUCAUUGUGGUCAGUGGCGCUCUUGUGGCAUUCGCCUGCUCGGGGACAAAAGGCAAGGACAUCAACACCAUUAAGUCCCUGAGGGUCCUCAGAGUCUUGCGGCCGCUCAAAACCAUUAAACGUCUGCCCAAACUUAAGGCUGUGUUCGACUGUGUUGUGAAUUCCCUGAAGAAUGUUCUCAACAUCCUCAUCGUCUACAUCCUCUUUAUGUUCAUCUUUGCGGUUAUAGCUGUGCAGCUUUUUAAAGGCAAAUUCUUCUACUGCACUGAUGAGUCUAAAGGUCUAGAGAAAGACUGCAGGGGUCAAUUUCUGGACUAUGACAAAGUGGAACGCGGACGUGACGUAGAAGCUCAGCCCAGAGAGUGGAAGAAAUAUGAGUUCCACUACGAUAACGUUCUUUGGGCCUUCUUAACACUAUUCACCGUCUCCACAGGAGAGGGCUGGCCUCUGGUUCUGAAGCACUCAGUGGAUGCCACGUAUGAGGACCAGGGCCCCAGCCCGGGCUUCCGCAUGGAGACAUCCAUCUUCUAUGUGGUGUACUUUGUGGUGUUCCCUUUCUUCUUCGUCAACAUAUUUGUGGCUUUGAUUAUCAUCACCUUCCAGGAGCAGGGAGACAAAGCCAUGUCUGAGUGUAGCCUGGAAAAGAAUGAGAGGGCUUGCAUUGACUUCGCCAUAAAUGCUAAGCCGCUGACAAGAUACAUGCCGGAGAACAAGCAAUCCUUCCAGUAUAAGAUGUGGAAAUUUGUGGUGUCGCCUCCAUUCGAAUAUGCUAUUAUGACUUUAAUUGCCCUCAACACUGUGGUGUUGAUGAUGAAGUUUUAUGGAGCACCAGACCUAUACGAGUCCAUGCUGAAAUACUUGAACAUCGUCUUCACUGCACUCUUCACUCUGGAGUGCAUCCUUAAGAUUAUUGCCUUUGGUCCACUGAAUUACCUGAAAGCAGCCUGGAAUGUGUUUGACUUUGUGACAGUGCUGGGAAGCAUAACAGACAUCCUGGUGACAGAGAUUAAGGACAAGAUGAUUAACCUGAGCUUCCUUAGGCUGUUCAGAGCGGCUCGGCUCAUCAAACUGCUACGACAGGGCUACACCAUUCGCAUUUUGUUGUGGACGUUCGUUCAGUCUUUCAAGGCCCUGCCAUAUGUUUGCCUGCUCAUUGCAAUGCUCUUCUUCAUCUAUGCCAUCAUCGGGAUGCAGGUAUUUGGUAACAUUGAGCUGAAUGAGGAGACUGCAAUAAAUCACCACAACAACUUCCAGACCUUUUUCCAGGCUUUAACACUUCUCUUCAGGAGUGCCACAGGUGAAGCGUGGCAUGAGAUCAUGCUUUCAUGUCUCAGUAAUCGGUCAUGUGACCAACUCUCAGGAACUACAGGGAAGGAGUGCGGAAGUGACUUUGCGUACUUCUACUUUGUCUCCUUCAUUUUCCUCUGCUCCUUCUUGAUGCUAAAUCUAUUUGUUGCGGUCAUCAUGGACAACUUUGAGUAUCUGACCAGGGAUGCUUCCAUCUUGGGUCCUCAUCACCUCGAUGAGUUCAUUCGUGUAUGGGCAGAGUAUGACCCUGCUGCAUGCGGAAGGAUAUGCUAUCAAGAUAUGUAUAAAUUGUUGCGUUUUAUCUCGCCUCCCCUGGGUCUGGGGAAGAAGUGCCCAAACAGGGUGGCCUAUAAGCGUUUGGUAAGGAUGAACAUGCCUAUUGCUGAUGACAACACAGUGCAUUUCACCUCCACACUAAUGGCCCUGAUUCGCACAGCCCUUGAGAUCAAGCUGGCAUCUGGAGUCUUGGCGCAACAUCUAUGUGAUAUUGACCUGAAAAGAGAAUUAAACAGAGUUUGGCCCAGCUUGUCGCAGAAGACUGUUGACCUGCUGGUGACGCCACAUAAAUACAAUGAGCUGACCGUGGGGAAAGUGUAUGCAGCUCACAUGAUCUUUGACUACUAUAAGCAGAAUCGUGCCAAGAGACUCCAGCAGCAGCAUCCUUCAGGAGGAGUUCAGAGUAAACUGGGGGCGUUGUUUCGUCCUAUUCUUCCCCUUGGUCAUAUCAAGGAAGUAGAGCCCCCGAUACCCAGUCCUAAAAUGCUAUUGCCUCUACACCCUGAGUCAGAAGCAAAGACGUCACCUCUUCUACCUGUCACAACCACUGCCACCACCUCAGUAAACAAGGACACAGUUUUUGACCAGAAGAGUUCCAUAAAACAUUCCCAAUCUGGAGAUGUUUGUCAGGCAGCGCUGAGACCCAAAGGGCGCAGGAAACUACAGAGAGGCCAGUCAGAAGAUGUGCAGUGUUCCCUAAGGCCUCAGGAAGUGGUUGAAAUGAAGCCGGUUGAAAACAUCUCAGACACAGAGAUAUACCCCGCCCUGGAAGACCACGGCAGAGCAGCUUCUUUGCCUCGACUCAAUGCAGAGUACUACCGGAGCCACCCUCGCCACGCCCCUGGGACCCACCUGGCACCAAUUAUUGACCUCAGUCCCAUAAGACGCUCAGCUUCCUCGCUGACCCCACAGCACAACCAGGAGUUCGUUCUUAAGGACUACAACCUGAUACGACCGGGGCAGAAUCAAUCAUCAGCAGGGUCCGGACCAGCCCAAGGCCAGGACCGAGUCCAUCACCAUCAUCACCACCACCGCUGCCACAGACGCAGGGACAAGGACAAAGACAAAAAGCAGAAAUCCCUGGAUAGAGCUACAUCAGUGAAGCCGCCGAGUACUGUUGACUCAUUCACAGACCCCUCAGCUGAAGGUAUGUCUAGAGAACGAGCUAGAGAGCGAGAUCGCAGUCGCCCGCACGAGAGAAGGCAUCACUCCUCUGCAGGGGAGAAGCAACGGUACUACUCCUGUGAGCGUUAUGGCUCCAGGGAGAGAAGCCAUGCCAAGUCAGCCGGUCCAAGCCGAUCCACAUCUCCAGGAGAGGGACAAGACACUGCUGUCCUUAGACAACAUGGUAGCACUGGGGGUAAACCCGCCCCCUCUGGUUCAAGCACACCAGGUCGUGGUCGCAGGCAGCUUCCCCAAACACCCCUGACUCCUCGUCCUGCCGUUGCCUACAAGACUGCAAACUCCUCCCCUCUCUCUUCUGCUGCCAGUACCACUAUAGCUGGACAGCACACUCGUGUCAGCCGUGGCCUUUCAGAACACGAGCGCUUGCAUGGGGACAAUGACCGCUCCCCGAUACCGGUCACCUGCAUUGGUUCUGACCCAAAUUUAGACCGGCAUCAGCAGGGAACCUCUCAACAAGCGUUUAUUGAAGAAACAGAGGACUUCCAGGAUGCUGUUAGCAGCCAAGUAUUGUCACACUCUGCCCGAGCCGGUGCCUCUGCAACCACCUCAUCUUCCCAUGGUACUGCUGCUGCUGUGCCCGUCACAGCAGCAGCCACACAAGGGCGUACAGAUGUGGUACCUAACGGGUACCACUUCACCUUUGGGGGAAACUCUGUAUCAAACAGCAGAGGAACAGGAAGCCUCAGGGAGAGAGAGGAUGAGGACUGGUGCUAGCAUGCAAGGAUACUUGAAAGGUUUUUUUCCGAUGCACUGUUGAAGGAGCAACUUGCAAGUGUUGCUUAUGUCAGAUCGCGUGAGCUGGUCAAAGGGGAAAGUGGAAAACUAGUCAGUUGAAAGUUCUGUCAAAGGGUUGUGUUGCAGUGUUCUAGUGCUGCUCUCCUUCAUACACAAAAAGCUGUCGAAGGAAGCAGAAUGCUGACUUUUCUUUUUACCCCUUUUCAAACCCUUGCACCAAAAUGCUUUUGAAGACCCUUCAGUAUUUUGCCUUGGCCAGUGUUGUUGAAGACUGAAACCCAAAAUCUUGAAGUACUAUGUUUUAGACUCAUCUGAAUGCCUCACUCUUGAGAUACUUGGAUGCUUUAUUUUGUCUUGACAUGCAGGUCAGGGGUUUCGAUGUAACAUGCUAGCACCAAAACAUCUGACUGAAGGGUCAUCAUUGACCAAGAUGAUUUUCUGUCGGUCUAGGAACUUUUCUGAUUCACUCAAAGAUCAACAAGUGUCACUUUGAGGCAAAAGAAACAAACAAGAGCCAUUUUCAUGGUCAAACUUUGUUCAAAUUGGGGGGAGCACACAGGGACUAGGACAACAAUUUUACUGCAACAUGUGGCCGAAUACUAAGUGCCUCAUUUUACAAGAUGUGAGUAGGAGUCUGGCUUCUUGAGUGGGUGGUCUGUGUUUAACACACAGUCAAGCAUGUAAGUCUGUACACAGCUGAGAGAAACGGGACAACAUAAAGCUGUUUAAAUCUGUCGUAAUAGUCUAAAAAAAAUAAUAAUAAAAUUAAAAAAUUAAGUAAAAAAACUAAAAAUAACAUUUUUAUAUACUGAGUCUUGUAGUUGGUGAAUCCAAAUUAAAGAUCCAAAGUCACCAAUGUAGUGCAUGCCGAGGUCUUGAACAUGUCAAAAAAUUGUGUCUGUGCUUUAUAAAUUUAAGGGUGCGUGCUAAGCAUUUGCCUUUUUCUUAAAACACACUGCCAGUCCAUUGGUAAGAAACAGAUGGUCUCUCAAAGGACAAAAGUGCCAUUUUUGAAAUAUCAAACUAUAACUCACGUCAGAAACAAAUGUCCUCCAACAGAAGUGAUGAUAUUGAAGUAUGCACAUACUUUUUUGUGUGUGUUCUGGCUCGAAGAAAAAACUGUUUGAUUUGUUGUUUUAGUCAUCAUCCCUUUUCUUAAUACUUCUCUAUCAUGCCCACAGGAUGGACAAAAGAGAGGAAUACAGAAAUAACUUCCACACAAUUCGUACAACUAAACAAUUGUGCUUUAAAGUCACAUAGUAUUUAAAUAUCUAAAGCAGGGGUGAGCAACAUGGUGCCCACAGACACCAGGUAGCCCCCAAGGACCAUGAGUAGUUCGGAGGCCUGUUCUAAGAAUACCUCACCAAUGAUGGGAUGUGUGACGAUUUGCUAGGAGUGUUGUAGAAGUGAUCGUUCUUUUGCAGAGAUUUAUAGAAAUAAAUUGUUGCAUAUUGAUAUUUAUCUGUUUCCUACCUUGUUAAAUCAUUCUUGAUAAUUGUGAAAAAUCAUUAACAUGUAAUUUAAGCAGAUUUGUCAUUUCAGAAGUGUAUAUCAAACUGGCAGCCAUUCACAUUAAUCAGUAUCCAAGAAGUAGCUUUCAGUUUCAAAAAGACCCCUGAUCUAGUGAAAUGACCACUUUUUAAGAACUGAUGAACUAAACAUACCAAAGACUACUUUAAAAAUGGAAUACAUUAAAUUGAGGUUUUUCACACAUUGACCUUAAUUCAGUACUAUUUAAAAGCCUUGAAAGCGUUCCACUGACGCACUGUGGCGACCCCUAUAGGGACAAGCCGAAAGGAAAAGAAGAAAGCGUUCCUCUCCCUCCGAUGUGAAGUGCAUCUUCUUCAUGGGUUUUCUCGGGGUACUUGGGCUUCCUCCCCAAUUCCAAAAACACGCAUCUUAGUUUAAUUGAAGAGAAUGAGUGACUGGUGACCAGGCCAGGCUGUUCUCCACCUCUCACCCAAAGUCAGUUGGGAUAGGCUCCAGCUCACCCGCAAACCUAAUGAGGGACAAGUGCUAUAUAAAAUGGAUGGAUUGCUGAAUUAUUAGGCCUCUCUCUUCCUGGUUCACUCCGUUUGUAUCCCACAGGUCAACAACAUUUUCUUUUGUGAUCUGGAUUUUGCAUUGCCACUAUUCGAUUGAUUUUGUGAUUGAGGGCAUCUGUGGCCCACUUCUUUGCAUUCCUUAUUUUUGCCACAUAAACUCUAAAUCUGUUGGGUUUCCUUACUCUUCACUUUCCCCUGAAACUGCAGUGAGUGAGUACUGAUGCAUGUCUGUCCAGACCUUGAACAAAGAUCAGAACCAGUGUCUUUGUGGAAAUUCACAGACAAAAUAGUUUCCAAAUUCUUUUAAAAAAGACUACUGUGUCCGCAUGUGCAUCAAUGUGGGCUGAUUAUGUUGCAUGCAUGCAAACCUUCUGCAAAUCUCUCCAUCCCUACCUUGCAAUGACUGUUGUUCAUCUCUAAGUUGUCAUUAUGGUUAUGUUAACAUUGGAUGAUGGAUUUUUAUCUGUUCCUCUUUCUUUACUGUCACAUUUAUAUAUAUGGUAUCUGGUCUAGAAUCACCACCCAGAUCUCAGGGUAUAUCAGGCACUUGAAAGCUCAGUUAGUCACAAUGAAAGCCUAAGAAAAAAAUAGUGAGCCAACACACAACACGUAAGUUAUUUGCCUCAAUGCAUCACUCGGUAACUGUUAGUAUGACACAAUAAUAGGGAUGUAUAUCACAGAAAGACCUUAAUCCUUUACUUAAAUAUCACUCUCCCACGAAUGGAUGAGUUCCUGGCCCAGGCUCAUCAUAUUAAUGAUUUGUUGUUCAAUAAACGUUUCUGGGGCUACAAACAAUAAUUUUUCAAGAUAUUAUGGUUGCCCAGAUGAGGCAUGGGGGGCUUCAUAAAUGAAAUCAUGUUCAAAUAUGGAAAAUGUAUCUUUCUGAGCAAUCAGGCAGACUGCCACAACCCCAUCAGAUCAAACAGUGGGAUGGGCCACGUUAGUUUUGUAUGUUUAAUUUGAAUUGAAUUGAGUUCUUUAUUUUGAACAUUUGAAACAAAAAAAAAAAGUAUUUUGAACAUUUGAAACAAACAAAAAAGUAACAGAAAAACAACAAAACAAGAUUUGAAGACAAAAAUAAAAGAUAAAGUUAAAUCACACAUAUUCGAACAGGAGUAGGAAGAAGUUUUCUCCUACUCCUAGUUGGAAAGAUAUCCCUAAUUAAAUAUGGGCACAUGCAUCACAAAGGACUUUUGGAUUUGAUUUUUUCCCCCAAAUCUUGAGGUGUGUAGUAAGUUGUCAUAUAAACACAGAAGAAAGAUAAAUGGGAGCGCCCAAACCAUCCUUCAUUUUUGUAUGUGAGCUACUAUGUUGAGCAAAGCAACACUACAGUAUACACUGUUGGAGAAUUAACAAUGGAUGUGUUUAUAGUGAGAAAUCACGAGAAAAUUAUUUAUUUGGAUUGUGGUAUUACAUUUUACAGUGUCCUCACCUCACCGUCAGAAACCAUUCUCAUACAUUCCCAACUGUGUUUGGAGUUUGGCGAGUUGGAAACGCUCGUGUCAUUCUUAAAUCGACUGGCCAUCAGCCACUUUGACUCCAAGGAUGUGUUGGAUUUGUGUUUCAAAAAUAGACAAUAUUUCGAACCUUGAUCAGGGUGUCCGAUGUCUUCAGUCAACGUUUUCUAUGGCCUCCCAUUGGACAUUUCCUGUUUGCAUGUUCUGAAAAGAAAUGUGCAUGUGCA